AUGGCUUUAGGUUGUGAGUUUCUUCUUCUGGAGAUGGAUACAAUUGUUUCCGCUGCUCGCGAUCGCCACCGGUACAUCUGCAGCAGUAAGUCAGGGAUCACAAGUCAGUUUGGUUCCUUCUCGCCUUCGAGUAGCUUCCGAGGGAUGAACUGUCGAGCCUUCAAUUCUGAUGUCGCUUUUAUGCAAUCACUUCCCAAUAAGUAUUUCACGAUUGAUGGCUUUUCGGAAGCCAAAUCUCCUUCCUAUUCGCCACAGACGUCAAAGAAAAGCAAGAGGAGCACACCGAUACCCAUAAACCGCAAACCUGCUCCUAAAGAGGCCGCUUUUACCACUGAUAUUUUUCACUCCGAGCUUUGUGCUGGACCUGCCUACACAAAAUAUGCUCCUAAAGGUUCCCCUUGCACAACUGAUCUUUCUCGCUCUGAACUUUGGGCAGGACCUGCCUACACAAACUCGCCUCCACCUAGUUCUUUGCCGAUUCCUAAAUUCUCCCUUAGAGUGAGGCGCAGCGUGUCUCUCGAGCUUCCACUUUCAAAAUCUGAUUUUGUUCUUCAACCUUUAUCGAAAUCAGCUCCAUUGUCUCCUGCUAGAGAGUCGGCAUCCUCCGCCAGUGGCUUCUUUUGUCACAAUGAUAUUGCCACGGAGACCUUAAGACGGAUUCUCCACUUGGAUAUUAUUGAUGACUAA